GUUUUCAUUUUUAACAAAAAAAAAAUAUAUGUUUAAUAGCUUUAAAGUAGGCGUGUCGUCAAUUUCAAGUGUUUAAAAUAAAGUUAAAGAUAUGGGUCGUAAAAAGAAGAAGGCCUCAAAACCCUGGUGCUGGUACUGUAAUCGUGAGUUCGAUGAUGAAAAGAUACUUGUGCAGCAUCAGAAGGCGAAACAUUUCAAGUGUCACAUCUGCCACAAGAAGCUGUACACUGGACCGGGUUUGUCAAUACAUUGCAUGCAGGUGCACAAGGAGACAGUUGACAAGGUGCCAAACUCACUGCCAAAUCGAUCCAAUAUAGAAAUCGAAAUAUUUGGCAUGGACGGCAUACCUGCAGAGGAUUUACGUGAUCACGAGCGGCAAAAGAAUGGCGGCAAGUCUGAUUCGGAUGAUGAUGAGCCGGCGGCGAAGAAAAAAGUUGAAUUCCCCAUGUCUGUGCCUCCGCCAAUGAUGAUGCCGCCUAACAUGAUGCCGCCACAUAUGCUGGGCCAGUACGGCAUGGGUAUGAUGCAGCAUAUGCCGCCUUUGCCUCCCUAUCCAAUGCAAAUGAUGGCACCUCAUAUGAUGCCACCGCGUCCUAUCUUCCCAGCAAUGGCAACUACCUCGGCGGCAGCAGCCGCAGCUGUGGUCCAUCAUCAUCACCAACAGCAGCAGCAACAUGCUGCCGCUAUGGCACAGCAAAAACCCACAUUUCCGGCUUACAGCAAUGCCACCAUAAGUGCUCCACCUACCACAAAUAAUGCUGGUCUUGGCGCUGGUGCAGCGUCCAACGCUCCGCCCAUCGCUGCGACAGAUUCACACACUCAGGGUCGACCGCCUGCAGCAAACCCAGCUGGUGGCGCUGCUGGAGCAGUCAGUACAAAGAUUAUGCAUCCAGCCGAUGACGCGAGCUUGGAAGAGUUGCGCGCUAGACAACCGAAGUACCUGGCGCGGGUGGCUGCCGCAUUUGCCUCAGCGCCUAACAUUACCAGCCCCAGUGGGAGCAGCAAUCACGUUGGCGGCAAUGCCUCAUCAAUGCCAGCAACACCACCGCCACCCUCGCUGUCGGGCAUCUCGCCAACGGGUAGCGCCGCCGCCGCCGCUGCGAACGCAAUCGCUGUGAGCACAGCGAUCUCCAAGGCACAGGAAACCGCCGCAUUGGUGGCCGUGGCGCAGGCACACGCUCAAGCACAGGCCGUUCAGGUUGCACAGGUCCAGGCGGCGCACGCACAGCAUGUGCAGGCUCAGGUGGCACAAGCGGUUGCCGCACAGCAGCAGCAACAACAACAGCAGCAGCAGCAACAUCAGGCACAACAACAACAGGCACAGCAGCAGCAGCAACAACAGGCGCAACAUCAGCAACAAGCGAAACAGCUGGAGGAGAUUAAUCGUGCCGUUAUGCUGCAACGUCUACAAGCAGUGCAACGUCCUGUCACAAAUCCUGGUGCAGCUGCGGCUGCCGCUGCAGCUGCCGCUGGUCUGGGCAUGAUGCAACUACCCGGACACAUGCAACUGAUGCAGCCCAUGCUGCGACCCGGCACCGUUGCCAUUGGACCACAUGGACUCAUAGGUGGGAAUAUGCUGCGUGCAGGACCAAUGCCCGGCAUGCCCGCAGGUUUGCUGCCCAUGCAGGCGAUUGGUUUGCCUGGACUGCCAGCUGGCGCCAUACCUAUGCCAGGGAUGGGUGUCAUGCUACCCGGUCAUCCCAAUAUGCUGCAGAUGAUGCAACCACGCUUUAGAUGAUGCCUGCCUGCUGCGCCAGCGGGUCUGUUGCAGGCGCCCCCGCAUCCAGCCCGCACGUUUCAGCCACGGCCAGCACUGACGUCGCUGCAGCCGCAACCGGCAUUGGUUGGUCUACCGUUAUCGGUGCUCUUCCACGACUAGAGAGAGCGUCUUCAACGAUUCAACGCAGUGAACAAUUCAAAGCAAUCAUAAACAGCAAGCAAGUUGUCAUACUCAAGCUACGCUAUGCCAAAGCUAUAUAUAUAUAUUUUAUUUUUCAAUGUAUAACAGUUUUUAGACACACCUACAGACAGACACACACACACACACACACCCAUACACAUAGACCCACCCACACAACUACUAACAGACGUUAUGCGUAGUGAGAAUUUAAUGUGUUUUAUAUAUCUUACUAUUCAUUUCUAAUGCACCCACUGUUAACUUUAUAGUUCCAACUGGUUUUCUAAUGCUUUUGACUAUUGUUAUUGUUUAAAUAUUGUAUGUGCAUAACAACAACAACAACAAGAACAAAAACUAAUACAAUUGCUAAAACAUGUGUGUGUGUUCCACAAGCGCCCGCAUCGCUUCAGCUGUACUUCUCAUUGCUGUACUAUAAACUGUAGCUUUUAGCCUAUCUAGAUCUCCUAUAUUGCGCCUCUAUCUCUUCUAAUACAUUUACACAUCUAACUGUAUAUGUACCAUAAUCGUUUUUUCUUUAACCUAUUAAUAUAA